GCCGGCGUCAUGCCAUUGGUUGAAUAGCUUUUAUGGUAUAUACACAUGUAUGAUACAGAACAAGGAAGUAUUACCUCUUAUAGAAACGUUUUGUGUAUCGGACAGACUUCGGGUUACUGGUUUUGUGUAUAGGCGAGACUUCGUGGUACUGGUUUGGUGUAUCGGACAGACUUCGGGUUACUGGUUUUGUGUAUAGGCGAGACUUCGUGGUACUGGUUUGGUGUAUAGGCGAGACUUCAUGGUACUAGUUUUGUGUAUCGGACAGACUUCGUGUUACUAGUUUUGUGAAAAGGCGAGACUUCAUGGUACUAGUUUUGUGUAUAGGCGAAACUUCGUGGUACUGGUGCUGACAGAUGUUCAACAUACGCUCAUUGCUUACAGAUUUGUCGUGAGUUUUCAAUUUAGGAUCCACAUUCGUGAAGUGGCGCAAUGGUGCUUCGCUACUUCGUCGUUGUUUUCUGUGUCGUGAACUUUGAAACGAUGGAAAGAACAGAUGCUCAGCAGAUAAAUGGUGAUAUAUUAGCUGUUGAGUUGAACAAGGUGGCGGACUAUGUGGGGCGGUCGUUUAUACAGGAACGAUACAGGACGUUAAAUUACAAUGAUAUACUAACAAAUGGAGAGACAGAAUCGCGAGAUAUUGCAGGUGAAAUUGGUGGACGAUUGGUGAAAAUGAAUGAAGCAUUGAUCAAACUGAAACAUGAAAUGGAGAGUACAUAUGAAAUGAUGACCUCUAGCAGUACAUACCAGGACUGUUGUGUGCAUCGUGACUAUCCUCACAAUCUACACUUUAGAGCAAACGUUUCGACAGACAUGUUUUGCUACAGUAAACCAAGCUAUGUACAAGAUACCAACAUCAAAUAUCCCACGUCGGAUGUGUUAAACACAAUGAAGUCCAACUAUCGGGAAAACAAGAACAUUCAGUUCCAAUACGUUGCUCUGAAAUCAGGACUCUACAUUAAUUAUCCGGCGACCAAUUUAAUUGGCUGUGAUACUUACGACCCAAGAUUCAGACCAUAUUUUGUGUCUAGUACCACUUCUACUCCACGGGACGUGGUAUUGGUGUUAGAAAUGUCGGCUUCUAUGAGGGGAGAUAAACUGAACGAGGCCAAGCAUGCCGCCAUUACCGUCAUGGAAACACUUAGUGUCAAUGACAGGAUUGGUAUCGUGGUAUUCAAUGACAAAGCACAGAGCCCAGGUGGUUGUUAUGGAGAUAAACUGGCCCCAGUUACACAAACAACAAAACAGUAUCUGAAAGACUUCAUUAACGCUAGAGACGGCACUGAAGGAUCGAACUAUGCAGAGGGUCUCCGCAAAGCCUUUACUUACUUCCGAUACAACUUUAAUGGAGAAGAUUUCAGAGACCAGAUCAUGUUGUUUGUUUCGGACGGUGAUACCAGCACAGGAGAUAAUCCCCUAGAAGUCAUCAGAGAUGAGAAUCAUCGGCUACAAAACAGAGUUGUCAUCAACACGUACGGUAUAGGGACGGGUUUGAACACGCAGGUCAAACAUCUGUUGCAAAACAUGACAGAGCAAACAUUGAAUAACAAUACCUAUGGUUACAUAAAGGCCGGGAAAUCCGUCUUCAUAGCAGAUGUCAAGACUUCGUAUCUACGAGAGGCGAUGGGGACGUUUUAUGAUUAUUCCAGCAUACCUAUAUCCCAGACCCCCACAUUCACACAAGCCUACAAAGAUUACUUCACUAAAGAGUUUGUGAUGACUGGUUGUCUCCCUGCCGGGUACCAAGGCUCGUUUAUAGGCGUGGUUUGUGCUGACAUUCUGCUCAGUGAACUUGUAUCAGAGACUUUAUACCUUCAGCAAGGAGAGAAUUCUUACGUCUUUAUCAUUGACGGCAAUGAAAGGGCACUGAUACACCCACUUCUUCCCGAUCCACGUGACGUCAACGCAUCAGAUUAUGACAUAAACAACAUUUACAACUUUGAGACGGCUGGUGAUGUUCCUGAUGUUAUCAGUUCCAUGAAAAAAGGUAUGUCAGGGAGCAAGGCCUUAGUGACCACAAUAAUAGAACGUAGAGGAGUCCGACUGUUGGACGGUGAUUUACAGAGGACACUGGAUGCCGUGUUUUACUGGACCCCGAUUGUUGCACCUGGUAGUAACUUUUCUUUGUGUUUGGUGAUGGAGAAGAAUAACACUAUUACAGUACUACGGGACGUGCCGCGUCAUGGUGCACAUGAUUUUGUAUACCAUCGGUGGGAUUUAACAACAUGGCCGGCUAUUUCAAACUGUCGUCAUUUCAACAGAUUUGCUACCAAAGCCACGACCACGGUCAAGUUAACUCCGGACGCUUUCACUGACCCCUAUGAAUACCAGAAUGUUGCAGAGACUGAGAGCAAAGUUCAACAAUACGCAGACUAUAUAUCAGGAGUCAUUUCCACCAAUCCUGGUUUCAAGGCAUCGGCAGUGAAUUCAAUUCGAGCCACAGCGCCCAUUGAAGGAUUUUGGAAAACUGAAUCCAGCAGAAAUGCACCCUACCUUGUGUGGAGGUACAUAAUGACAGAAGACGGCGUAGAAAGGAUAUUCCCAGGAGUUCGGUUAACAGACGACUACAACCACAAGCUAAGGCCCUGGUAUCGUCGGACAGUAGCUCUGAAGAAAAUGAACGUAGUUUCGGCGCCGUAUGAAGACUCAUGGGGAUCUGGAAAAGUUAUCACAUUAUCACGGAGCAUUUUGAAAAAAGGAGGAACAACUCAUGGCGGCAGUGACAAAAUAGAAGCUGUACUGGGGACUGAUUUCUCUAUUUACUACUUCAAUCAGAUGCUUAAAGAUAGAUAUCCAAUCUGUGCCAACACUACAACUCACAGCUGUAUUGUGAUAGACAACAGCGGGUUCCUUGUAAUGCAUCCUUUCUACAUAGAAACGACGUCUCCAAUUGACAGUUCCAUCCAUAUCACAUACAAGGAGGGCAGAAUAUCUCGUUCACUGAUCAAAGAAGAAAUAAUGUACAGACAACCGUGCAGGGACACAGAAAAUAAAAAGGAACAGUUCACAUACAGGGUCAAAUUGCCACAUAAGCAUUUGACUGGAAUAAUGAACUCUGCGGAAGGCUAUGAAAUGCGUCCUGUAACUGGUUCCAACCUGUUCCUGAUUCUAAAACAAAGAAAAACUAGCCAGGAUUUACCUUGUUGUUCUGAGAAGAGUUCAGCUUCUCCUAGUUCCUUGGAAUGUGGAACAGACAAAUGCUCCUGUCUUUGUUUUAAGAAUCAGGAUUUCAACGACUGUGAAAACAAAUACAACAACAUAGAUGGGAUAGUUCCUUGUAAUCCUAAGCUACCGACUCUUGUGUCUGUUAGCACACCUGAAGGUGACAAAAAUAAGUAUCUGAGCACAUGUUUUCCCACUGACUGUCCGUGCCGAAAGACAGAAAGUGAGUGCUUUCGGACAUCUGGUUGUUCCUGGUGUACCUCUACAAUGAGUGGCAAGAAAGUGGACAAACAUUGUGACUUAAAGGAAUCCUGUCCAUCCAAACAGUGUGUAACACAGAGUUGCACAUCGAAGUGUUGUGGAGCUGAGUGUGUAUCUGUUGCCGAUUCAUCAAAUACAGCCGAGAUUGCUGCUGGUAGUGCAGGUGGCGCAUUUGUCAUCAUAGUGAUAAUCAUUGUUAUCAUCAUCGUCAUCGUAUGCAAACGACGAUCGAACCAAGAUGAUACCUAUUUAGACCCAACAUCUGAUAUUGGGACAGAUAUGUCCUCCAGAGAGUCGAUAGAUUACACCACCCCUACAAAUUACUACAUCAAGAAUAUGAGCGUCAGCUCGGGGGACGACAUUGGUACAAUGGAUAUUGAUGACGAAUGAACUGAAAUCUGAUUUGUCUUUGAUUUAUUGAAGUAACUUAUCUCGUAUGAAUCAUGGAACAUUGGAGGAGACAAGCCUUAUAUAUUUGUUAUGAUGCACUUACUUAGUUUACAAAUAUCGAUGCAUGUAUGAGAUAUGUAUGACUACAAUAUCAGAUAACUGUUCCUUUUGGGAAUAAAGUUUAUAUAAUGAGAACUCAGUAGUUAACGAGGUUUAUGAAAGUGAUUAGUUUCAUAGGUCUGCAAAUUAAAGUGUUCUAAUGGACCGCUCAUUUCAUAAUAUCCUUAAAUUACACAGGGAAGCACGAUUGAUUCACAUUGUGUUCUAAACACAUCAACAGACAACAGUAUUAUACAGACACAAUGUAGAAUACAAGUAGAAUUUAAGUUGUACACAUCACAAUAUAUAUAUAUAUGUAUAUAUAUAUAUAUAUAUAUAUAUAUAUAUAUGUGUGUGUGUGUGUGUGUGUGUGUGUGUGUGUGUGUGUGUGUGUGUGUGUGUGUGUGUGCACUGUAUAUAUAUUCAUACCCCCUUUUUCCCCUCUUGUACUACAUUUACUUUUCUAUACCAUGAAUAUUGACCUGCAGACCUGUCUUAAGUACUACUUUGUUGUGCCUUGUACAUUAUCGUUGAGGUUAUCAUUACAUGCUUAUCUUUGUACAUAUCACUAAUAUCACUAUGUGUAUAUUGUUUGUAUCUCAGAAGGUCCCGUGAAAGAAUAGAACCCUGUACUAAUCCGGCUACCUUCUCUAAAUAAAGCAGUAUUAAAUUAUA